CUCUUGCGCCUUCUCUCUUAUGACUGAAGUUCCCUGGCGUGGAUGUCGUCUGUGAUUUUCCGAGGUUUUCCUUCGUGUGAAAAUUUGGGGUGGUAGUUUUGUUUUUCAUUAAGAGAAAAUAAUUCAAAGUUCUACAAGGACUAGAAUUAAAAUCCAUUAAUUUGCAAGAUCCUGUUUUUUGUAAACAUUUGGUGACUUCCAAAAAUGCAGUGUUCUACUUAAUGCGUUCUUUUCAUAUUUAUUUUAGUUGUAGAUGGACACAGUGCCUUUCUUUAUUUACAUGUGGUGCUGAGGCUCGAACCCAGUGCCUCACAUGUGCCAGGCAAGCGCUCUACCACUGAGCCACAACCCCAGUCCUACUUAGUUUUAAUAUUCAUGUUUACUAUCAAUCCAUUCUUUGCACACUUAAUUAACAAAUUUUAAUGAUUUUAGUCGGUAAUGCGCCUUCCACCCUCACUCGUUACUCGGACUUGUGCACUGUGUGACACUGAUGAUGUUUACGGUUUUUAAGCGCAGUGGGAGACUUCACUCUUGGGAAUAUCUGAACGUGCUGGUCUUCCUGACACUCAAUCUGAAGGAUCUGGCUGGAGACUGGGCGACUUUAGCCCUGCUCACAUGCUUGGUUGCCCUCCAUUGGUCCCUCUCAUCAGUCACACGGGGAGCUCAGGGCUGCCAGAGAUACUGGGCUAACUUAAAGCUGUGGUUCAAGCAGAAGAUCAGCAAGGAGGAGUUUGACCUUGAGGCGCAUCGACUUCUCACACAGGAUAAUGUGCAUUCUCACAACGAUUUCCUCCUGGCCAUCCUCACGCGCUGCCAGAUUUUGGUUUCCACACCAGAGGGUGCUGGAUCUUUGCCCUGGACAGGGGGAUCUGCAGCCAAGCCUGGAAAGCCCAAGGGCAAGAAAAAACUCUCCUCUGUUCGUCAGAAGUUUGAUCAUAGAUUCCAGCCCCAGAACCCCCUCUCCGGAGCGCAACAGUUCGUGGCAAAGGAUCCUCAGGAUGAUGAUGACUUGAAACUGUGCUCCCAUACGAUGAUGCUCCCCACGCGCGGCCAGCUGGAGGGGAGAAUGAUCGUGACGGCCUAUGAACAUGGGCUGGACAACGUGGCUGAGGACGCUGUUUCAGCUGUGGUCUACGCGGUGGAGAGCCACCUCAAAGACAUCCUGACGUCAGUCGUGUCCAGAAGGAAAGCGCACCGGCUGCGGGAUGGCCAUUUUAAGUAUGCCUUCGGCAGCAAUGUGACCCCACAGCCGUACCUCAAGAACAGCCUGGUGGCCUACAACAGCCUGAUCGAAGGCCCUCCGACCACGUCUGCUCCCUGUGCGGGUCAGAACCCAGCUGUCCACCUGCCCCCGGAUGCUGCCGAGCAGCAGGCAGCACUCCUGCUGGCCUGCUCUGGGGAUGCUCUGCCUGCGCCUUUGCCUCCGGUGAACAUGUACGACCUCCUUGAGGCUUUGCAGGUACACAGGGAAGUCAUCCCUACACACACUGUGUACGCCCUCAACAUUGAGAGAAUCAUCAUGAAACUCUGGCACCCAAAUCACGAGGAGCUGCAGCAAGACCAAGUGCACCGCCAGCGCCUGGCAGCCAAGGAGGGGCUUUUGCUCUGCUAACUGGGGUUUGAGGGUGUGGGGUCCUCCCAGGUCACGCUUGCUGAGGAGAGCGCGUUGGGUCCACAUUUCGAGGCUGAAGUGUAGUGUACAUAUGACCUUUCCUAUGGAAAUGUGACAUUGUUUUCUGUUGCUGUGAGGACAUUCACGUGAGUGCAGUGCCACUUCCUGUCUGUGCUUGCUCCCAGUUACGGGAGCAGGCGUGAUGAAGUCCUGUGCCCAGAAUGGGGACUCCUGUCUGAGGCCCCGGGUAGGGUGCACCAUCCCAGAGGGAAGGCACCAUUGUAGCUUGUCCCCAUGACUAGCAGGACUCUCAUGCUCAGUGACAGCACACACCUUCUGUGGCAAGAUGAAACUUCACCUGUCCUGAAGAACUGCACUGUUGCUUUUUGUUGGAGCAACCUAUCCAGUGUUGAAAAUCAGAUACCUCCUCUGCUGACUGGUUUAAUUUUUAACAGCUAUAGGUAGCCCUCAAAUGAUCCAUCAUUUCAACUCCACAGAAAGUAUAAGGUCCCUCCUUUGCUCUUAAAACCAGCCAACCAACUCUCCUGGAAUGCAGUUUACUUCAUAGAAUAUCUUCCUGCAGCUCCAGUUUGUCUAGUAUUGAUAUGCCCAGAGAUGACUGACAGAUGUGUCAGUUACACUUAGGUGUCUUCCCAUAGCUCAAGUUCGUGUGGUGUUAGUAUGCCCAGAGGCGACUCAAGGCACAUCUAAUUAUUCCUAUAGAACAUGUUUUAAGAAAUCUUACAAAUUGGAUUUAUGCUUGGUAAUUCUAUUUCUAGGAGAUACCCAUUUCUACCCAUUUAAGUGCUAAAAUGAAAAAAUGAUCCAUUUUGACAGUGUUACUGAAAAUCAACUUUGCUUUUCUAGAGAUACAUAUGCUUUUUACUCAAUAGUGUUGAUGGACAGAUUAGAUUGUAUAGAUGGGUUUGUGUAGGACAGGAAUGGCUGUAUAGGUAUGUGUACAUGGUUCAUAAAUCUGAAGCUCUGUAUUUGAUUUUUGUACUUUAAAUGUGACAGUUUGACAGAAAACCUUUUUUGUUGUUUAUUAAAUACAUAGGAAAACUAUUGUA